AUGGCCGACUCCGACGGCGAGUACGUCGAGGACAUGUCCGAUGACGAUCUCCACGAUCAUCGAGUAACCAACGGCAACGGCGCAGGCGGAAAACCCGGGAAAGCGCGUGGCAAGAAAGGCAAGAGUGGGCACUCCAAGGCGCGGUGGGAGGACGUCAAGCGCAGCUGGGAGGAAGUUACAGAGGGCGCCGACGGCAGCCUGGCGGUUGGUGCAAGUCUUGAGGCUGAAAAGAGAAGGAGGUUGCUCAAAGAUACGACGCCGCUCCAGCGAGGAAUUAUUCGGCAUUUGGUACUUGUAUUGGACAUGUCAUUCGCCAUGACAGAGAAGGAUAUGCUACCCAAUCGCUACCGCGUCACUUGGGCAUACGCGGCAGAUUUCGUCAAAGAGUACUUCGAGCAGAACCCUAUCUCUCAACUUGGAAUCAUUGGGAUGCGAGAUGGUGUUGCUCUUAGAAUCAGCGACAUGAGUGGCAACCCCACCGACCACCUUGAGAAGCUGAAGUCCUUCGAGGGGCAAGACCCAUCAGGCAACCCCAGCUUACAGAACGCCCUUGAGAUGUGUCGCGGUGCACUUUUUCACGCCCCUUCGCAUGGCACCCGCGAGGUGCUCGUGGUUUUUGGCGCUCUGCUCUCCUCCGAUCCUGCUGACAUUCACGAAACGAUAUCUUCUCUUAUAACCGAUCGCAUCCGCGUCUCUGUCGUCGGUCUUGCCGCGCAGGUUGCCAUCUGUGCCGAGCUUUGCAGCCGGACAAACUCCGGUGAUGACACUCAGUAUAGUGUUUGUAUGAACGAUGCCCACUUCAGAGAUCUACUCCUCGCUGCCACCACCCCGCCCGUCACCCGCACCGCUGCGCAGAGCACUGCAUCCUUGCUCAUGAUGGGUUUUCCAUCAAGAACACUCGUUCGGGGUGAAGCCACCGCCAUUUGCGCCUGCCACAACAAGCCCGCUCGUGAAGGCUACCUCUGCACUCGUUGCAGCACCCGUCGUGCGGCCUGA